AUUCAUCGAUUUGGCCGUGUGGGCCUGUGUAAUUACCUAAGCAGUGCCAAUCAAACGAAAAAGAUUCAACUUGUUAAGAAGAAGACUUUCGCAGUACAGUCGGCGGUACGCAGUAAGAGAAGUGCAAAAGGAAACAUGGAGGCAAUGGAAGAACUAUUAAAUUUAGCUUGCUGUAAGGGCUACUUGGAUGCAGUUGAACUUGCGCUCAAGCGUGGAGCGAACAUAGAAUGUGCUACUCUAGGGUAUACACCCUUAAUGGAAGCAGCGCUUAAUGGUCACGAAAAGGUGGUCAAGUUACUUGUGGAUCAUGAUGCAAAUAUCAACGCUCAAAGUGAAGAAACUUUCGAAACGGCGCUUUCCUUGGCCUGUUGCGGCGGUUUUCUGCAAAUCGUCAUUUAUUUAAUUAAAAAAGGAACAGACAUAAAAUUGGAUGGAUCGAUAUCUAUCAUAAGAGCCGCGCAAAAAGGACAUUUAAAACUGUUGCAACAAUUACUAGUAUAUAAAGCAAAUAUUCAUGCUGAGAUUCAAACGGGGGAUACAGCUUUGACACUCGCCUGCGAGAAUGGUCAUACUAAGAUUGUUGAUCUGUUGCUGCAACAUGGCGCUAAUCCAGAGCAUGAAUCAAAGGAAGGUAGAACUCCACUAAUGAUCGCAACUCGAGCAGGUCAUCUGGACAUAAUUCGUCGUCUCCUAUCGAAGGGUGCUGUUGUCCGAAAUGGACAAAGCCUUUUGUGCUUGGCUUUCACUGGUGGUCAUUACCAUAUAAUUAAAUAUCUUCGUCAUAAAUUGACGCAGCCACAAACGCAACCACAACAAUCUUACCAACAACCUCAUUCACAACAGCAAACAUCUCAACAACAAUCACAUCACAAUACAAUACAACAACAACAGCAGCAGCAGCAAUAUUUGCAACCUCCAAUAAUACAACAAAUUUCGAUGCAAACAUUUCCGACCGUGAAUCAAGCAACAGGAAUAACAGACAGUAUAUCACUUCACCAGUCAACCAGUUAUGCACAAUGUACAGCUUAUCAAAAUCAAGUCGCUACCCAGAUCGGAACAGUUGCUCACCAGUCAACCAGUUAUGCACAAUAUACAGCUAAUCAAGAUCAAGUCGCUAUCCAGACCGAACCAGUUGCUCACCAGUCAACCAGUUAUGCACAAUAUACAGCUAAUCAAGAUCAAGUCGCUAUCCAGACCGAACCAGUUGCUCACCAGUCAACCAGUUAUGCACAAUAUACAGCUAAUCAAGAUCAAGUCGCUAUCCAGACCGAACCAGUUGCUACCGAUGUCAUGUUUCAACAGCAGUCUCGCCAGCAACAAUAAAGUGCUCAACAGACGCAAGGCUCUGAAGUAGAUCUAACAAUUUGUACAGGUCAGCAUCGGCGCUCGACGAGGUCGUUCUUCGUCGGCAAGCACCUGUCUACGAUGUUCCUAGACGUUCCUGGUUGUCCAGCCUUACAAUGGAUUCCUCGCCACCCGUUUAUAGUAAUAAUCUAUAUGAGGAGAUCGUGCCUUGCGAACCUCGUUUUGCCACCGUGAGCCCGAAGAACUUUAGAUUUUUCAUAUCUCAGGAAAAAUCACAAGCGAUCAAAAAGAGCUUUGACAGUUAAAAGAAUAUCGGAGGCAUUUUCUCCCGAAAAAAUUAUCGACAAGAUCGCAUGAUUAACUAACCCGUACUUAAUUUAAAGAUAAUUUAUUU